CGUUUUUAAAUGCAAACUGAGGAAUACAAUGAAAAGCUUACUAGCACAUGAAAAUUAAAGUCUCUGCAGUAUUUUGUAGGUAUGGCACGUAAAGAAUCAAAGAAAAAGAGAAAACAGAAGCAUAAGAAAAGUAGUAGCCACAAAAAAGACAAAAGGAGCAAGAACGAAAGUUUCGAAGAUGUUUCUUCAGAGUCUUCUUCAGACCUCUCGACAUCUUCUUCAUCGAGCUCAUCCAGUAAAAGUGAAGGGGAGGAAAACAAUGCACUUACAAAAGCUAAGGCCAUGCUUAAAUUUCGAACAUUUCAAAAACGUCUUGAACAACGAGAAAGAGCUGCAGGAAAAUCCAAAACUAAUGUGAAAGAGUUAUUUGAUUCGUCAGUUCCCUUGGAUAUAGAGGAUCUCAAAGCAGAAUUCGAUAAUGCUCCCGUUCCAAGUUUAGACAGUGACGACAUAUUAAGAGGUGGCCAAGAGUCAAAAGGGAGAAAAACUGUUAAAGUCCAAGAUUUUUCAAACAUCACCACCGGCAAGCUGCCCAGCAAAGGAUUGAUGACUAAACCUAAGCCUGACAAGCUUGUCAAUCAGUUCUUUGCCAAGGAGCUUGUUAACCCCAAACCAAAGACCUCUAUCAAGAUUGGUUUUAUAACCUCAAAGAUCAGUAAAUCAGCUCCAGAACCCGUGCCUCUAGCUCCGGGUCUGGAGAUUUGUCCAGUUACUCCACCAGAUGGGUACUCCAUGAGAUCUAAAGAAACUGUAGAAGAACCUUCUCAUUCUCAAGACGUUCCUGAGAAAGAGGGGCCAGUGCAAGCGGAAGUAAAAAAGUCUGCUCCGAGAAUAAUCCACCAAGUUUCAGAGCCAGAACCCGAGCCUGCACCGACCCCUAUGGACCAGAGUGAACAACUCGCCCAAACGGAUAACGCUCAGCCAGAUGAGGAGACAGGUGAAGGGGAGGAGGAGACUGAAGAGGGAGGUAAUGAAGCAGCGGGUGAUGAACCAACCUACUCUGGCCCAGGCCCUACUCCUCUACCCCCUGCCAACUACUGCAGUGCUCCUGUCAAGUUGGACCCCAUUGAUCAGAUAUCUGCUCGAACUGAUAACCAAGAGUUUCCUCCAGCCUCCCAAUUUGCUGCUGCACCUCAAAUUGGUGGUCGUCCCGUCCAGUACACACAGGCUCCACCAACUAUGCCGCCGGGUAUGCCACCUCCGUUCUCAAUGGCUCUUAAUGGGAUGCCAUCAGGCCAACAAACUGCCGCACCAGGACCACCAACAGCACCGUUCCCUGUAGGUGCCUUAGCUCAACAGAUAAUGAAUCAUCAGCAGCAGGCUACUUCUACUCCACCACCUCAACUACCAAUCCCCCUGGCAGCUAGAUUCAUCUCUCCUCACACUGCCACAUCAGAAGAAAGCGCUAGCAAUGCUCCACCUUACGAUCCUAAGAGGCCGUCUAGGUUCGACAAAGCGCCACCAGGUUAUGAAAAUAUGCCUCCAGGAUUCGAUCCUUCGAAAAUGCCUCCAGGAUUUGAUCCUUCGAAAAUGCCUCCAGGAUUUGAUCCGUCGAAAAUGCCUCCGGGAUUCGAUCCAUCGAAGAUGCCUUCAGGAUUCGAUCCUUCGAAAAUGCCUGCAGGUUUUGAUCCAUCAAAAAUGCCUCCUUUUGACCCAUCAAAAAUGGCUCCAUUUGAUCCCACAAAGCUGCCGCCAGGAUUUGAUCCUUCUAAAAUGCCAGCAUUUCCUAUGCCACCUGGCAUGCGACCUGGGCCAUUUCCUCCUGGACAACGACCCCCAUUUGAUCCAUCUCGCUUUCCAGUUCCUAUUCCAGGCAGACCACCCUUUGAUCCUGCUCUAAUGCCAGCUGGGUUACCACCAAUGUUCAGACCUCCACACUUGCCUUAUCCUCCCAGCUCAGGUGAUCGUGAGAGACACAGCCGUGAUAGAGAUCAUGAUAGGGACAGAGAACGAGACAGGGACAGAGACCGUCACCACGACAGUCGCAGAGAUCACCACGACAAAGACGGAUCACGACGGGAGCACCAUCGGGACAGGGACAGGGACCGAUCGUACGAAGACAGAAGGAGUAGUCCGUACAAGCGGGAUGACCGACAAGGCAGUCCAUAUGAUCCUAACAGAAAAUCUCUUCCUCCACCUCUUCACAAUGGUCAUCACCCUCCAUCCCAUAUCACUGCUGCUCAGUGGAACAAAGAUGAAAAACCUGAAGAUCUGAAAGCGAAGUCACCUCCAACCCCGGAGAUAGAUCCUAGAGCUGUACGCGAAGCUCUCCGGUUCCUUCAAGGAACCACUGAUGUUGAUGACGAUGUUGUUCGCAAAGCUCUCAUGAGUAUCAAGUCAAAGCAGAAGACGGAAAAAGAGCAACAAAAGUCGUACUCAGCCGCACCGACUGCAUACAACUUCAUGAAACCCGCUGACGACACAACAGAGCGCGAGGAUAGGCCCAUGUCUCCUGAAAUACAACCCCACGAAGCUGAGAGGAUUGUUCAGGAAGUUAAGGCGCAGGAACGGUUAGCCCAACAGAUGGGACACAUGCAAAGUUCCAUCAUACCUCACCCCAUACAGAGUGAAGUGUUGGAGGAGUUGCCGUUACAAGAAGAAGAAAGUAGUGCGACCCCAGCCGCCCCAGGACCUGAGAUACCAGCUACUGGCCUGCCUGAACCCGACCAUACGCCUGCUUUAGACCUGGACAAAGCUGAAUGGCAAAUUGUACCAACUAAAGGAACCACUGAAGAGGCACAAGCAGGCGGUUACACCUUCCCUCCUGAACAAGCAAAGGAGUACGAUUAUAACCAUUACUACAUGCAUUACUACCAGCAAGCUUACAACGUUUGGUCAGAAGAGAAAGAAAAGCCGAUUGAGGCAAGAUAUCCUGUGAGUCAAGGAUACGGACACAAGAGAGCACUUGAAAAAGGGGGCGCCGUAAAAGGAUCUGGUCGAGCCAUUCUCUUCAACAAGGAGGAAAUUCAAGGUCUGGUGCUAAAACGCAAGAAAAUUGCACAAGAAAUGGUAAAGAAUCCGGAGUCUUCGGAGAUGAUGGACAAGAUGGAGGCAGUCCAGCACAAGUUAAACGAAUGCGGAGUUACUGAGACGGAGAUUGCGAUGAUGGAGACAUCUAAGAUGCAGAGUGCAUUAAAGAAGAGACGCCAGGAAGACAGUGAAUGCCCUGCCUGGGCUAGAGCAGACAUGUUCUAUGGGUUACCGACAGUGCGAAGUGCGGUUGCCAUGGCAAUUUUGAAGAAACAAGGUUGGGUGGUUGGACAGGUGUUGGGAAGGGGCUGCCCUUACGGCUCCGCGUUUGGUGCAGGAUCUCUCCAACCGCUCGAGUUUAUGGUUAAAACCGACCAAGCAGGCUUGUUAUGUGCCGAAGAGAGAGCAGCUAUGAAACUUAAGAAGUACGGGGACGUGAUGCCGUCUGUUAUAACAGAGCCGCUACCUGCACCCCGAACUACCACAAGUGGUAGACACCCAAUAGCCGCACUCGCGGACUACUGCCACCAGAUGAAAUGGAAGCAGCCCGAGUACACGUUGCUCAAGGAAGAGGGUCUCGCGCACAAGAAGCUCUACUUCUUCCAGGUGGCUGUAAAAACGGACAAGUUCACAACUCCUAACGGAGCUCGAAACAAACGCCAAGCGAAGAGCGACGCUGCUUCCGCCUGUCUUGAGAGGCUCGGUCUCAUGACGUCUCUUCCUCCCGGUUACUCUUGACAAGGAGACAUAAUACGGAAUUACUUGAAUUACUGAUCGGCUCUUGUUUUGCAGAGAGGAAGAAUAUUGAAAAUUCAGAAAUAAGUUAGAAACUUUGGCAUGUGAACUGAAUGAUUGUUUUAUCCAUUAUCGUAAGUUUUGUUCUAACAUGAAUACACGUUAAAUCUUAAAACGUAUGGACUGAAUGAAUUUCGAGUCGCUGAUUUAAAUCACACUAAUAAAACUGCAAAGCUGCACUGAAAUAAAUUCUGUAGCCAAGAAAUGGUAUAUUUUAUUGAGAAGAGCUCUAAUUUAUUUUACGUUUUGUAAUGGCAUUCAGGCAUUGGCUGCAUUGCCGUAUAUUUAUUAACUGGUCUCGUCUUGGAUUUUUAUUUCAAAAGUUAUACAA